CCCCCCCCGGGGAGCAGCCGGCGGCGGCGCGGCGAAGGGGAGGGUCUAGGGCCGGGCGUACCGCGCCGGCCGGACAGGCGGGCGGGCGGCUGCCGCCGUGCCGCGGGCAUGGCGGAGCCUGGCGGCGCCGGGGCCGGGGCGGCGGGCGGCGGCGGCGGGCCGCAGCAGGGUUCCCCGGCCGCUGGGGGGCCGGCCCGCAGCGCCGCCGAGAGCCCCGGGGGACCCGGCUCGGCGCGAACCGCGGGGAAGAAGGCGCAGCUGCGCGCCGCGCCGCGGGCCAAGAAGCUGGAAAAGCUGGGCGUCUACUCCGCUUGCAAGGCCGAGGAAUCCUGUAAAUGCAAUGGCUGGAAGAACCCCAACCCACCUCCCACACCACCCCGUGCAGAGGUACAGCAGGCGGCUGCCAGCCUGGCUGAGCCCUGCCGCAGCUGCAGCCACACGCUGGCUGCUCAUGUUUCUCACCUGGAGAAUGUGUCUGAAGAAGAAAUGAAUAGGCUUCUGGGGAUUGUAUUGGAUGUGGAGUACCUGUUCACCUGUGUACACAAAGAAGAAGAUGCAGACACCAAGCAAGUUUAUUUCUACCUGUUCAAACUUUUGAGGAAGUGCAUUUUACAGAUGGGAAAGCCUGUGGUAGAGGGAUCCUUGGAAAGCCCACCAUUUGAGAAACCCAGCAUUGAACAGGGUGUGAACAAUUUCGUGCAGUACAAAUUCAGCCAUUUACCCUCCAAGGAGAGGCAAACCAUAGUGGAGCUGGCUAAAAUGUUUCUGAACCGCAUUAACUACUGGCACCUGGAGACUCCUUCUCAGCGGAGACUGAGGUCACCCAACGAUGACAUUGCGGCUUAUAAAGUGAAUUACACCAGGUGGCUUUGUUAUUGCAAUGUCCCUCAGUUCUGUGACAGUCUACCUCGGUAUGAAACCACCCAGGUGUUCGGUAGGACAUUGCUUCGCUCUGUUUUUACUGUCAUGAGAAGACAGUUGCUGGAGCAGGCCAGGCAAGAGAAAGACAAGCUUCCUCAAGAGAAACGGACACUAAUCCUCACCCAUUUUCCAAAGUUUCUGUCAAUGCUGGAAGAAGAAGUGUACAGCCCGAAUUCUCCCAUUUGGGAUCAGGAUUUCAUGGUGUCUAGUUCCCAAACUGGACAGCUAGGAAUCCAGACAGUUAUCAAUCCACCUCCUGUUGCGAGAUCCGUCUCAUACAGUGCAAGUCCUUCAUCUCUGGAGCAACCCAGCAGUGGCAAUAUGAGUCCUGCUUGCAAAGUUUCUUCUGCCCUUGACCCAAACCUAGGGGAAAAGAGGAAAAACAACGAACCCUAUUCUCUGGAGGAUUCCAAAAGGCCAAGGGUUGUAGGAGAUAUUCCUAUCGAGUUAAUCAAUGAAGUAAUGUCGACCAUUACGGAUCCUGCAGCAAUGCUUGGGCCAGAGACCAAUUUCCUUUCGGCACACUCGGCCCGGGACGAGGCGGCACGGCUGGAGGAGCGCAGGGGGGUGAUCGAAUUCCACGUGGUGGGCAACUCCUUGAACCAGAAGCCCAAUAAGAAGAUCAUGAUGUGGCUGGUUGGUUUGCAGAAUGUGUUCUCCCACCAGCUGCCUCGAAUGCCAAAGGAGUACAUCACACGCUUGGUCUUUGACCCGAAACACAAGACACUUGCAUUAAUAAAAGAUGGUCGUGUGAUCGGCGGCAUCUGCUUCCGCAUGUUCCCCUCCCAGGGAUUCACGGAGAUUGUCUUCUGUGCUGUGACUUCCAACGAGCAAGUCAAGGGAUAUGGGACUCACCUAAUGAACCAUCUGAAGGAGUACCACAUCAAACACAACAUUCUCAACUUCCUCACAUAUGCAGAUGAAUAUGCCAUCGGGUACUUCAAAAAACAAGGCUUCUCCAAAGAUAUUAAAGUUCCAAAGGCGAAAUACGUUGGCUACAUCAAGGACUACGAGGGUGCCACGCUGAUGGGGUGCGAGCUGAACCCCAAAAUCCCCUACACGGAAUUCUCUGUCAUCAUUAAGAAGCAGAAAGAGAUCAUUAAAAAGCUGAUAGAAAGGAAACAAGCUCAAAUACGGAAAGUUUACCCUGGCCUUUCUUGCUUCAAAGAUGGAGUGCGGCAGAUUCCCAUAGAAAGCAUUCCUGGCAUUAGAGAGACUGGCUGGAAACCAAGUGGCAAAGACAGAGGUAAGGAGCCCAAGGAUCCAGAUCAGCUGUACAGCACAUUAAAAACCAUCCUGCAGCAGGUGAAGAGCCAUCAAAGCGCUUGGCCCUUCAUGGAACCUGUGAAGAGAACAGAAGCUCCUGGAUAUUAUGAAGUUAUAAGGUUUCCCAUGGAUCUCAAAACAAUGAGCGAGCGCCUCAAGAAUAGGUACUACGUCUCUAAGAAACUAUUCAUGGCAGACUUGCAGCGAGUCUUUACCAAUUGCAGAGAGUACAACCCCCCCGAGAGCGAGUACUACAAGUGUGCCAACAUACUGGAGAAAUUCUUCUACACCAAAAUCAAAGAAGCUGGAUUGAUUGACAAGUGACUCUGGCGGCUUGUGCAACCCAGCGGCGCGCCUCGGCCCCGGGCGGAGGCGUGGGACUGCCCAGGGGGCCAGGAACUUCUCUUUAAUACUUAGCACUUUUGAAGACCCUUUGUAGUGUAUUAUACUGCAGUUGCAAAAACUAUUUUAUUAAAAGGCUUUAUAAUGUUUAUUUAAUGACAGAGAGAACAAAAAAAAAAAUACUCAUUUCUUUUGUGUGCCCACUACCCUCUUGGUCCCGGAGUAAGUGUCUCAACGACAGCCUCAGAACCCCCAGCUGGGGGAAACUGCACUUUUGGGAAGACAAAAGAAAGUUCCCAGCCCCCAGCUGGGGUAUAGCUUACCUAAUACAGUACCUAGUUGAUAAAGUUUUAUCAGCUUUUAUUUC